GCAGUACCUAGCCCAUUGGGCUCCUAGAGGACACAGUAAUGCAAAUAAAUUUCAUAUUUACAGGCUGUAACAUGAGGUUUGGGCCAAGGGUCUGGUAUCACGGUACUGCCCUGUGAGGACCACUGUCCAUGACAGCUUGAUCCCUGGCUGACCAGGAGAGGUGGUGGCAAGUUGGGCUGAUGUAUGAAGUUUUGCUAGACAGGGUUUUAUGGGAUAUACUUUGUCCUCCCCUUUGCCCCCAAAUCCCUCCUGCCUCGAUGCAGAUUUGUUGCCGAGUCUGGAGUACGGCAUGUACUAGGAGCAUGUGUCUGGGUGGGGUGCAUGGAGGGAGGCAUGUACGCAGCCCCCACCCCUGCCAAUUGCUGAAUGGACUGUUGCAUCAGCUAGGAUCUGUGCACAGUUCUUAGGAACAGUAGGGGAGUCCCACAUACUAAUCACACAACACUUGCAAUGCUCUGAGUGACACCUGUGGGUUUAUGAAAGCGCACAGAAUAGUCAGUCCCCUUGUUCUAAAGAGUCAGUUCUUGGUCACCCCAAAGGCAAGUCAUAGAAAAGCUGCUCAGUUUUAUGAUUGGUCUCUUGGGUGUCCCUUUCUCCCACAAAGGAGGAAAGGGCUCUAGCUUGCUGAUGUGCUUUGCAGGAAGAAAGGCCCUGAUUGUGCUGGCACACGAGCAGAAGAACUCCUUCAAUCAUGCCAUGAAAGAUGCUGCUGUGGGCGUGCUGCAGAAGAGAGGCUGGAGUGUCACCAUUUCUGACCUAUACAAGAUGAAGUUUAACCCUCACUGACCUCUGUCUCCUAUCUCAGGUAAGUCAAAAGACCCCAACAACUUCAAGUAUGGUCCUGAGACAGCCUUGGCAUGGGCAGAAGGUCGGCUGAGCAGCGACAUUGUAGCAGAACAGAAGAAGCUCGAAGCUGCAGACCUUCUGAUAUUCCAGAGUGGCCUGCUCCAUUUCUGUGGCUUGCAAGUCUAGGAGCCCCAAAUCGCCUACAGCAUUAGUCACGCUCCUGAGGAUGCCCGUUUGCAGAUCCUGGAGGACUGGAAGAAGCGACUGGAAGCUAUCUGGGAAGAGAAACCUAUCAGUUUUGUUCCAGACAGCAACUUUGAUCUGAGCUACGUAGGGGGCUUUGUGCUGAAACAGGAGGUGCAGGACCGCCAGAAAGCUCAGAAAUAUGGGCUGAGUGUGGGGCAGCACCUGGGGAAAGCCAUUCCACCUGACAGCCAGGUCAAAGCCCAGAAGAAAUAG